CCGGGGAGCUCUGCCCUGCCCGUGCUUGACUGAAGCUGUGUCGGGAGUUAUGUCCUGCCUGGUAGAAGGGAUUGCUCUUCCAUAACGCUACCUCUAUUUUUUUAUAGGUGCUUAAAGAUGAAUUCUAAGACCGCUAAAGAUAUAAUUAUUGGUAAGUGGGGCUUAAAGCCGGGUAGCUCCAGAUCCGAGAGUGAUCUCGAGAAGUAUAAGCAGGAGAACGCUGCCCUGAGAAAAUCGAUGGAGGAAGUCGUUAAAGGGAAAAACAAAAUGACUGAUCCGGAAAGGAACGGACUACUAGAGAAAAUACUCUCUCUUGAAAAAGAAAAAGAAAAACACAACCAUCUUAUUGGAGAGAAGGACAAAGAAAUCCAAAACCUGAAAGAGAAGCUUAGGUCCAAAAACAAGAAUAGUGAAGUCUCCUUACUACAAACUGAACUAGAGGAAAAAAAGAAGGAAGCAGAAAGGAGAGAACGGUUGCUUUGUCCUCUAUCAGAAGUAAUGAACCAAUUAAAAUGUAAUUCAUCCACUGUUACUGCAAAAUGUUAUGAGAUUGAAAACAGAGCCAGCACUUCUCAGGUAUCCCAGGAAGCUGUAACAAACAGCACUGGCUCACCAACUAAUCUUUAUGAAGUUGAAAAACAACUCAAAGAUGCUCUUGAGAAAAACCAACAGUGGCUGCUGUAUGACCAGCAACGUGAAGCGUAUGUCAGGGGACUGCUUGGAAGGAUCUUUGAGCUGGAACAGAAAUCAGAAAUAGUUAGCCAAGGAGAAUAUAAAGAAUUCAGUUCAGAAGGUCAUCUACAAGAUGAAAAGCAAAAAUAUUAUGACCAGCUGUUACGAUCUGCUAAGAGUGAUCUUGAGACUGAAAGAUGCACUGUAACCCAGCUGAGAUCUGAACUUAAUGAAUUCAAAAGGAAGUAUGAAGAAGCACAAGAAAUAACAAGAUUAAAUGCCUUAUUGCAGUCACAACAGGUUGCUGAAGUGAAGACUCUAGAAAAUGAAAACAAAAUUAAAGAAGAGAAAGUGCAGAGACUAAAACAAGAAAACGAAACUAUUAAAGGACAGCUCAGAGAAGAAAAGAAAAAGUCUGCAGAUCUUUUAUGUCAGGUGCAACUUUUCCAUAAAUCAUUGCUCAAGCAGCAGGAGGAACACACUAGGAUAGCUUUGUUGGAACAACAGAUCCAGAUAUGCACCACAGACUUUGAGAAUGAAAAGCUUGAUCGCCAGAACUUGCAACAUCAGCUAAAUAAAGUUCUUAAGGAACUGCGCAAGGCCAGGGAGCAAAUAACCCAUCUGGAACCUCUGAAACUCCAGGAAUCUGGGCGUAUGAAACCACAAGAAGAUUUACAAGCUGUAUUUGAAGAGAAGCUGACUGUGUAUGACAGAAGUCCUUCCCCCAAAUAUUCAAGCCUUCUUGAUGAAAGUUUUCUUGAGUGUCCCAGAUGUAAAGUGCUGUAUCCAGCAAGCCAGCACAGAGAAUUGCUAGCACAUAUUGACUUUUGUACAGCUUGAGCUUCAAAUGGACUUACUAUAUUUGCUUUAUACACACUGUCAAUAUGGUCUUCUACAACAGUAAAGGAUCUUUUUAAGGCCUUUCCUUAAGGUUGUAUAAAAGGCUACUAGUUUCAUUAUUCAGUUCCACAAAAACUUUAUAGUAACUUAUUUGGCCUCAAAUAUUUUAUCUGUUGUUUUUGCAAAAAAAAGCUACUGCAUUUUUGGUUGCAAAUAAAAAUAUUUUUAGAAAUAGGAAUAUUGUCAAAUAGUAAACUAUUGACUUUUUUUUUGCACUAUAAAAAAUGAGAACAGUAAAAGCACACCUAUUGUGUCAGACUCUAUUUUGAUGUUUGGCAUGUCCAGUUCUUGGUGAAUCCUGAUGAUUGUGCUUGUACCAUAACUAACAGUAAUAGCUGCAAAAGAUUUUUGGCCCUUGUAGGUGCGCUAUAUAUAUAUAUUUAUAUAUAUGUGGACUAUGUGUGUAUGUAUAGUGUAUACAUACAUGUAUAUAUCACAUAUGUGAUGUAUCACCAUCUGUUGAGGCUUGAACUCAGCCCGCAGCCCCUUGCCAUGUGGCCAGCUGUUUGCCUCCCCCCUCCCUGGUGAAAUAGGGGAGGGACAAAAAGAAAAAACUUUGUAGGUUGAAUAAAAAGAAAUACAUUUACUAAAUAUAACAAGGAAACAUCAGUAACAAGAGCGAGUCCAAAAAAAUGGGUAAAA